CCCCCACCCCCCCUCAGUCAGCCGUUCUGGCCAUGGCGGGGGGUCGGGGCGGCGUGGUGUUGGCCUUGCUGUUUUUCGAGGUCACAGCCGGCACGGUGGCUCCGCCCUUCCUGGAGGAACCGACCAAUGUGAGCGCGGUGCUGGGGGCGGAGGCGGAGCUUCGCUGUGUGGUGCGAGGGGGCGGGGCCGUGCAGUGGGCAAGGGGCGGGCUCAUGCUCGGGACCCCGCCCACCCCCGCCCAUCCUCGCUACCGAUUGGCUGGAGACCUGCAACAAGGCCAGCACCACCUGCACAUUGUGGGCGUGGCCUUGGAGGAUGAUGACGUCUACGAGUGUCAGGUGGGGGAGGGGAACGGCACCCAACCCCGGGCGUCACGCCCCGCCCUGCUGACCGUACUGGUACCGCCGGGUCCCCCCACCCUGGAGCUGCCCCCGGGGGCGGAGCUUCCAUGGGUGGGCGGGGCCGAGGUGGAGGUGCGCUGCCACGCCCACGAUGCACGCCCCGCCCCCACCCUGACCGUGACCCUGGGGGGGGAGCCGCUGCCCGACGUCUCCACUCGCGUCUUCGAGGGCUCCCACCCCAAACUGAGCUCCAGCGAGGUCACCGUCCGCCUGACCCCGCAGAGCCAAGCCCACGGGCAGCGUCUCGUUUGUUCGGCCGCUAACGAGGCCGGGACGGCCCCCACGGAGGCCAGCGUCACCCUCGACGUCCUCUUUCCCCCCGGCCCCCCCAUCAUCGAGGGACUGGAGUCGCCCCACGUGCGGGCGGGGGACACGCUGCGACUGGUCUGCCUCGUCCGGGGGGGCAACCCCCCUCCCAGUCUGCACUGGGACAAGGACGGGGUGCCGCUGGCGGGGCCCUGGGUGACGGAGGGGCACCCGUGGGUGUCACGCAGCCGGGUGACGGUGACGGUGACGCCGGGGGACGACGGGGCCACCCUGCGCUGCCGGGCACACAGCCCCCUCCCCCACAGCGAGGGCAGCGCCAGCGUCACCCUCAGCGUCACCUACCCGCCGGCAGAGGUGCGGAUCGUGGGGCCGCCGGGGGUGGGGGAGAACGGGACGGCGACGCUGUCCUGCACCAGUGCUCCCAGUAACCCCCCCGCCCGCCUGCACUGGUGGCUGCGGGGCAGGGAGCUGCCGCCCACCGAGAGCUCCAGCACCCAGGUGGAGGGGCGUGGCUGGGUGACGGUGUCCAACGUCACCCUGGGGGGGCAGCGCGAGGACCACGGGUGGCCCCUGAUCUGCGAGGCCGUCACCCCCGGGCUGGGCACGCGCAGCGUCGCCCACGUCCUCAGCGUCACCCACCCCCCCCAGGCCCUGUGGCUGGAGGCCCCUCCCCCCAACGCCACCUUUCGGGUGGGGGAGCGGCUGCGCCUGGGCUGCCACGCCCGGGGGGGGCACCCUGCCCCCCGCCUCACCUGGACAAAGGACGGGCGCCCGCUGAAGGAGGGCACCCAGGUGUCGGAGGGGCCGGUGGUGUCGCGGGAGCUGGUGGUGACGGUGACGCCCAGCGACAACGGGGCCACCUACCGCUGCCAGGCCGGGGGGGACACCCGGGGGACCCCCCCCAGCGCCCACACCCGCCUCCGCGUCCUCUUCCCCCCGCUCUCGGUGACCAUCACGGCGUCCCCCCGCGAGGUCCGGCCUGGCCAGACCCUGGUGCUGACCUGCCUGGCCGGCAGCGCCCACCCUGCCCCCGACCUGCGCUGGCACCGCCAUGGACACCCGCUGCGUGGGGACCCGUUGCCCCCCUCCCCGGGCUCCUUCGGGGGGGUGACGGCGGGCUCGCGCCUGCGGCUGCGGGUGGCCGUGGGUGACCAGGGCGAGCAGGUCACGUGCGUGGCCACCAGCCCCCCCCUGGGACUGGCCGUCAGCGCCGCCCACCGCCUGCUCGUGCGCCACGCCCCCCAGUUCUCGGCGGGGCCGGGGGUGCUGGUGGUGGGGCAGGAGCACGGGGGGGUGCGGCUGCCCCUGGCCGUCCGGGCCCAUCCCCCCCUGGAGAGCUGCGCCUGGAGCCUGGCCGGCCGCCCCCUCCUGCCCGAGGGCUCCCCGCGUCACCGGGUGGGGGAGGGGGGGUCCCUGGACAUCGCCAACGUCACCCGGGGGGACGCCGGCACCUACGGGGUGCAGUGCCGCAACGCCGAGGGCUCGGCCAGCACCCACCUCGUCCUGCUGGUGCACUACCCCCCCGCCAUCGUGCGGGUGCCCGACCCCGUGGUGGUGGACGAGGGGGCGAGCGCGGAGCUGCUGUGCGAGGCCGAAGGCAGCCCCCUGCCCCCCGGGGGCCUGCGCUGGGCACGGCUGACAGAGGCGGGCCCGGUGGCAGAGGGUCUCCCCGCGGAGCUGCAGCCCGAGGGGGGGCUCCCCGUGGGGCGCCUGCGGGUGCGGGGGGCACGGCGGGAACUGGGGGGACCCUACGAGUGUCGCGUGGACACCGGGGUGCCACCCCCCGCCCGCGCCAUCGUCCGCCUCAUCGUCCGCUAUGGCCCCGAGUUGGAGGUGGAGCCGGAGGCGGAGCCGGUGCCGGUGCUGGUGCCGGAUGGGGCCGACGCGGCGCAGCUGCGGUGCCGCGCUCAGGGGGUCCCCGGAGUGCAGCUGCGCUGGGAGCACCGGGGGCACCCGCUGCCCCCCGAUGAGGCCAGGUUCCAGGAGCGCCAGUGGCGUGAAGGUCCUUGGACCAGCAGCCUCCUCACCGUGACCAACAUCACCCUGGAUCGGGCCCGCCUCCGCGACCAGUACCACCACCUAAACUGGGACCAGUACAAGAAACGACACCGCCACCAGUACCAGAACUGGCACCAGUACCAGAACUGGGAUGAGGACCAGAACCGAACCCUCGGCACCUUCGUCUGCGUCGCCCAAAAUCCGUUGGGCACCGUCCGGCGUCGCCUCCAGCUCCGGCUCGCCGACCGCCCGGACCCCCCCAAAAAUCUGCGGGUGUCGGGGGUCACCCCCACUUCCUUCGGCCUCGCCUGGACCCCCGGCUUCGAUGGGGGGCUGCCCCAGAGCUUCCUCGUCAGCGCGAGGGGCCCCGGCGCCCCGCCCCCCCCCGCCGCCCUCCUCGCGCCCGGCCCCACCCUGACGCUGGGGGGGCUCCACCCCGCCACGUCCUAUGACGUCACCGUGAGGGCACGCAACGCCCGCGGCGACAGCGCGGCUGCCGUCAUCACCGCCGUCACUUCCGAACUGCCCCAGGAUUGGUCAGCGGAGGGGGAGGAGCCGGCCCCUCCCCCCGCCACUUUUGGGGUCUCCCCCACCCUCGUGGGGGGGCUCAGCACCCUGGGGGGGCUCCUGCUCCUCGGUAACGCCGCCGCCCUCUGGGGGGCGCUGUUGCGACGACGUCAGAGGGACCCCAUUACGCGGCCGGGGGGGGGCUCCGACGUCACCGCCAAAGGGGGGGGGCCCAACGAUUACGUCACAGCCGAAAGCGUGGAGAUGAGCUCUAUGGGGUCCUGGGUGACCCCCAACGACCCCCACCCGUGGGACACCCCCGUGGGUGACCUCCACCCCUAUGAGGACGUGGCAGAGUGGGGGGGCUACGAAGAGGUGACCCCCCCGGAUCUCCCCUUCACCCUUCAGGGGGAACUGGUGUAAGGAUUUGGGGGGGGGGGGGCGCGCCAUGACCACGCCCUCCCCAAACAAGCCCCGCCCCC